ACACAAACGAUUUCUUCACAUCAUUCGUCAAAGAAGAUGAUUCGUCAUGCCAAGUAUGUUUCUCUUACUGUUUUGAUUUUGCAAACCACUGCAAUGGUUUUGGUUCUAAGAUACUCGAGAACUGUACCUCAAUCUGGCCCAAGAUACUUAGCUUCAACUACUAUAGUAGUUUCUGAAAUCCUGAAAAUUUUUUGCUGUCUUGUUAUGACAAGCUAUGAAUGUGGUUGGUCAUACAGUAUCUUAAAAAAACUUCUGCAGAAAGAAAUAUGGCAGAAAAAAAUAGAAACACUAAAACUUGUUGUGCCAGCUGGCUUAUAUACUAUACAAAAUAAUUUAUUAUUUCUUGCAUUAUCUGUCUUGGAUGCAGCAACCUAUCAGGUAACUUAUCAGUUGAAAAUUCUCACAACUGCCAUGUUUUCUGUGAUAAUACUUCAUAAAAGAUUAGAAAUCACUCAAUGGCUUGCUCUAGUCUUACUUAUGAUUGGUGUUGCUCUUGUGCAGUUUCCCUCUGCAGAUUCUUCCAGUGUUUCAAAUUCCUCGCAAAGCAUAUCCUCUCAAUUUUUGGGGUUAUUUGUUGUCUUCAUUGCAUGUUUUUCAAGCGGUUUCAGUGGUGUUUAUUUUGAAAAACUACUAAAGAGCUCUGCCCAGUCACUGUGGAUAAGAAAUAUCCAGCUCGCUGUAUUCAGCAUUAUUUUUGGUGUUUUGGCAAUGGUAAUGCAAGAUUUUCCAGCUGUUCUGGAACAUGGAUUUUUCCAAGGUUACUAUACAACUACUUGGAUUGUUAUUUUUCUUCAGGCUUUUGGAGGACUAGUUGUAUCAACUGUGAUAAAAUAUGCAGAUAACAUUUUGAAAGGUUUUGCUACUUCCAUAUCAAUUGUGUUAUCUACUAUCGCUUCCUAUUAUUUAUUAGAUGACUUCAAACCUACAAAUACUUUUUUCAUGGGAGCUACAAUUGUUAUCACGGCAACCAUGCUGUAUGGUUAUCCAGUGAAAAAAACAGAUAAAUACUCUUCUGGAAGCCAAAAUGGAAAGCUAGUAGAAAGAUGAUUUGUCUAUCUUUUAAAAUUUUUACAUGUUGUUGAUUGCUAUGUUUUUUUUUUAUUCAUCCUCUAAAUGGGUCUAACCAGGCUUUUACCCAGAGUCUUGUUUUGUGAAUUCUUUUAGCAAAAUAAUGAAAACCUUGUAGUUUUUGUGCAUGUAAUUUUAAAAUUUAAACCUUUAAAAUUGCAUCAGCAGAAAUAUCAAUACAUAUUUUAUAUAUAUAAUUUUGUCAUAGAAAAGUUAAAUGAUAAAAAAAUUGAACAAUAAUCCCCAAACACCCUGGGACCUAAUCAGGGGAACUCCCCUAGGGCAGGGAGAACAAUGAGAUGUUUUGUGAGUGUUGCAAGAGUAUAAGCCUAAAAAAUGCAUCACUAGUACCUCAACACCUCACAAAAUAAGGAAAAGGGUAAUAGAAGUCAAUUUCAAAAUGCCCAAAAGUCAAUUUCAUAAUGGGAGGUCCCAGGUUGUUUUGGGAUUAUUGUUCAACUUUUCAAUCUUUUUACUAUUCAACUUUUCUAUGGCUAAUAUUAUCUUUGCUGCCAGUUUCAAAGUGCUGCCUAUGCCACCUAUUGAGCUGUGUUGUUAGUUUAAUUUCAUUGACUGAUUUGUCCAAGGUAAAGAAAUUCUGCUUUUUUAAUGUUAUUUUGUGUGUGUGUGUGUGUGUAUAUAUAUAUAUAUAUAUAUAUAUAUAUAUAUAUAUAUAUAUGAUUCCAGAGAAUAGACAAUUGAACCAGGUAUCAAUAGAUUCGUAAUUUUUUAGGGAUCAUGUUUGGAAAACUUGCACCUUUGUAUGACUUUAAUUAGCAGAGAUUUUAAUUGAAACUAUCUUAAGCAACAUUUCAUUCACUUUAAAAUUUCUGAUUCUCUGCUGCUGGCAUCGUUUCAAUACUACUUCAUGUGAAAAAGACGCUACAAAAAUCUUGACCAUUGCACAAUAAACCCAGGUUCGAGCAAAAAUAUUAUGUUCAACCUGCAACAUGGAGAAAAGUGGGAUUAAUAAAUGUACUGCUGAUGUUUCACUACAGUUGGUAAGAUGUAUUUAGCUGCAAUGUAAUCUUUUUUUUAAUUUUUUUUCUUUGAAACAACCUAACUUAUGUUGUAAAAAUGUCAAUUAACAUUCUUUUGUAAACUUAAGCUGUCUCAGGAGGCAAAGCCCCCGUACUUUGGUGCUUCCGAGGACACAAACGUAGGGGGCGAGGUUGAGGAGGCCGCCGAAGUCGACAGGUGUAGUUGCUCUGAAGCCUGGUAUUAAUAAAUAUAUAAAGAAACAGUCAAAUCAGUAACUCAUCUACCCCACUAAGUCGACAUUUAUUUUUCCAAUGGUUGGCCGAAAGCUAAUUUCAAUGAGUGUAAACUCCUCUAACUUGACACACAUUAACUGAAACAGCAAUAAAUCACCUUCCACUUCUGUUGUUGUCUUGUGCCAGCUAAUCUAGCAAUUUGGGGUGCACUGCCUUCACUUUUUCAACUGUACCGUAAUUUGGUGUGAAGUCAGAUUUCCACAGUACAUACAUGUCAUAAGGACCCGUUUAUAUAGUAGGUAACCAAUCACAGCAUAACAACACAUUCAUACAAAGGAUAAGGUCAAGAGAGAGAAAGGACCUCCAAACUUCUCUGAUUGCUAGACACGGCUGUCGACUGUACUCCUAAAUUUUUUAUACGUUGGGGCCGAUAUCACUUGUAGUGCUUUUGAAGAUUUUUUAUGUAUAUUUAUAGGAUAUCUUAAUAAAAACAAAACAAAACAAAAAAAAAUCAUUCUUUUUCAAGCUAAAUUCACUUUUGGCUUUUUCUUUUGAUCGGCUUUUUUUCCUUUUUUAAAUAUAGGUUUACAAAUAAUAGACACUAAAUUGACCAGCAUGGGCAUUUUCUGCUUGCAUUGUCAUUCAUCACAAGCAGUAGGUUAUUGAGUGCCUCAGAUUGAUAUCAGAAAUUCUAAUAUUUUAUUUAAUAUUUGCCUUCCACUUUAUUAAUUAACUAGCCGCCUGCGGCGACCAGCUGGUCCGUCUUUUUACACCAAGGUUGCCGCCUUCGGCGGCUGCUUAGGCAAUUUAGCAACGGUAUUAAUCAAUGUUUUUCUCUAUAUAUCAAUAUUAUCAUUCGCCUUUUCACGCCAAUGUGGCCGACUUCGGCGACUGCUUAAAUGGAUUUCGUGGCGGUAUCAAUCAAUCUAUAUCUAUAUCAUUAUUAAUUUAAAUUAAAUAUUUUCUAGAUCUAUCUCCAGUUUUGUCGUUUGGAAUAUUUUUAAAGGUGGGGGAAGGGAGACACGAACGGCUUGCUCUUUGGCUAACUUGUGGCUACUUUGGCUUUGGCCUACGGCGGCUGUCUGGCUUACUUGUCAUUCACCAUUUUACGCCAAGAAGUCGGAAAAUAACAAAAAUCACGUCCAUUUUUAUGUGAAGACAUUAUGUUUUCAAAUCGUAGCGGCGGGGGCUAUGACCCCCCCCCCCCCCCCCCACCGGUUGUUGUUCUGUAAAUAACGGGUCUGUCUAUUUCUCACUGUACAUCAACAUGUAGAUUUGUCUUUCUCCAGAUCCAUGCAAAUUUACCUCUGAUAGUAAUUAACAAUCUUUUUUUCAAAGCAAAAAAGUAUUAAUUUGAAAAAAAAAAAAAAAAAAAAAAUUUGUGCACUCAAUGUCUAUUUAUCUACUAAUUCGAUCUAUCUCUAAAUUUUCUUAUCUAUCUCUAUUUAUUUUCAUCUAACCUCCAAUCUUAUUCCGUAACAAAAAGAAAA